AUGCCGUGGAACUUGUCGUCCACCGGCACGUCUACAGAGGCUCCCACUCGCCCACCAUUGAACUCCCAGCAGUCCAACUCCCUCCCAUCGACCCCCUACCAACAUGCGCGAAAUCUCUCCUUCCACUCCCGGUCGCCGUCCCCUCCUCACGGUAGCACCUCGCCGCGGUCCACCCACUCCGAGUCGACCCAUCUUCCCCCCGCCUUCCGAAAACCCUUCACCCACUGUAAAUAUGAAACCGCCAUGGCCUUCUUCCGUCGACGAAUGCCGUAUACCCUGGGAACCGAUGUAUUGCCGGAUGAGAAGGAAGGUCUCAAAGAACAGCUGGACGCGGAUGAGGAGCGGAAACUGACGACCGACAUGCUGGAGGUCUAUGACCGGUUACUCCCCUCCGCCGAGAGUGACGAUCGACGCCGGCAGCUCGUCCGCAAGUUGGAGAGAUUGUUCAACGAUCAGUGGCCCGGGCAUGAUAUCAAAGUCCACGUCUUUGGUUCUUCUGGGAAUAAGUUGUGUUCGAGUGACUCGGAUGACGGAAUGGAACGAGUCGUAUGUGUCUCACACGCGAAGGUCCCCAUCGUGAAGAUCUGGGAUCCCGAGCUACGCCUCGCGUGCGACAUGAAUGUCAAUAAUACAUUGGCUUUGGAAAACACCCGGAUGGUGCGGACCUAUGUGGAGAUCGAUGAACGCGUGCGCCCCCUCGCUAUGAUCAUUAAAUACUGGACAAAACGGAGGAUUCUCUGCGAUGCUGGACUCGGUGGCACAUUAAGUUCUUACACCUGGAUAUGUUUGAUCAUCAACUUCCUCCAAACCCGAGAUCCGCCCAUUCUCCCCAGUCUCCAAGCUCGGCCUCACAAGAAGCGCUUGUCCCCUGAAGGGUUCGUCUGCUCAUUCGACGAUGAUAUGAACAGUCUGAGUGGGUAUGGGCGGAAAAACAAGCAAACUCUUGGGGAACUACUAUUUCAGUUUUUCCGAUAUUAUGGCCACGAGCUCAAUUACGAAAAAUACGUCGUAUCCGUGCGGGAAGGAGGACUGAUCUCCAAAGAGGACAAAGGUUGGCAUUUGCUGCAAAAUAACCGUUUGUGUGUGGAAGAACCGUUCAACACGUCACGAAAUUUGGGGAACACGGCCGACGAUACGUCAUUCAGGGGUGUUCAUAUGGAAUUACGCCGGGCGUUUAAAGCUGUCGCCGAAGGCAGUUUGGAUCAUUGCUGUGAACAAUACGAAUAUCCUCCGGAGGAAGAGCGGUCAUGGGAGAGACCUCCGCCUCAACCGCGACCCAUUAUCACCGCCGCACCAUCUCACUCUACACGAGGCGCGCGAGGGGGUGGUCGUGGCGGGCGACACUCGAAUCAAUACACGCGCGGAGGUCAUUCGGGUGGUCGUCGGUCGUCGAACACACCGAACAAGGCUAAUAAUUAUCGGCAGCCCCACAACAAUGGUUUCCCAAUGCCCCAACAGCAAGAGACUACCGCUGAUGACACAUCCCGAUCGAGAUCCGGCACGGUCAACCAUCCGCCGCUGAACGCGUCAAUGCGUCAACCGACUUAUUACGCAUCUCCUUACCUUCCGGUUUCCCUCACUGGUGUCCAGGGAAGCAGCACAAACCCGCCGUCCCCGUCGGCAACGGCUGCAUCUCCGGAUCUCCGUCGCAACCCUCGCCGCUCCUCGGUAGCAAAUGGAUCACCGGGCGGAUCUCUAAGAGCCCAUUCCCAACCUGCACGCACCGUUCACUCUCUUCCUAGCUAUGCCCCGAUUUAUACUGCGACCCAAUCUAUGGAGACCCCUCAGAUGUCCAAGCACAGGAAUACUCCGGGCUCGCCCGACAGGACGCAUGGUGAAGACGAAAGCCCAUUCAUGCCGAGCAGCGUGCCCAACGUGUCCAAUUCUACAUACUUUGAUGAGAGUCGGUCGACCGAGUAUAUAGGCUACUACCUUGCCACAUCUCCUCAACUGCAGGCCUACCAUCAAAAUGCCAUGUCAACUCCUCUAUCAGCGCCAGUCGGCUUGGCACUGCAGAACGGGGGCAUUGUUCCAUUUGUCGCAAAUCCCCAAGAUUACAUGUCGACAGUACCGCCGCAUGAGGCGGGUCUCUGGAGAGAGACCGAUACAACGUCAGGUUUGAAGAUGGGAAGCUCACACCAGCGCACGACGCCCCGAUCGACGGCGUCCGGUGAUCGCAGCGGGCCCCUGAUAGUGGACGGAUCUGUGCCUUUGAGCGAACAUCGCCCACCGGUCGCGGCUGAGGGGUAUGAUCCGUAUGUCGCCAUGAGCCAUUGUGCUUCAAACUCAGACGAUCACACCACGGAUACUCCCGCCAGCGUUUCCGACUCUUUCUCCCAGGACUUUCAAGAUAGCAGUUCCGUGGAGGUGGAUCAGCCGCCUUAUUUUGGUCGACAGGGUAUCGACAUGCACACUCCUGCGACUGCGGCCGAAUCUCUGGCGAAUGGACACGCAGGGAAGCAGAGUCUUCUCUCGAGCCGUCUGCAAAAUCUGCAUCUUUCGAACAACGACAAGGUGGCAGAACCCACGCCGAAAUCUGCUGCGGAGAAAGCAAAGGUGCCCCACACUCAUCAAGAAAAGCAGACCGGUGGACCGGAGAAAAGCUCCACCACAUCUGUGCUAUCGCCAGUAGCGGAGUCGCAUGUUCCAUCGUCGAACGGCAAACGGCGACAGAAUGGUCUGGACACGUCGGAUAAGACCAAUGGAGCCAGCCACAAACCGAGGUCUAAAGCUAGAACCGACACCUCGCACAACUCCUCUACUACAUCAGGCGAUACCAAGGAAAGGCACUCCGGUCACCAUGGCCAUCAUGGUCACCACGGCCGCAAAAUGAAUGGUGUUCACCCUGCUCAGGACUCUCAUCACACAAACAGUGGCUGGCAGACGACGAAGAAAAAGCAAAAGAAGGGUGCGAAAUCUAACACUGAGCAUCGUCAUGGGCUUCACAACGGUGCAGAACCCCUUCCUGCUGAUGAGUCUCUGAGGAAAGGCGGAUAA